AUGAAGAUGGCACUGAAGGUGCAUAGAGUUUGGGAAGCCAUAGAAUCUGAGGAGGCUGGAACAAACGCUGAUAAAAACAACAUGGCUAUGGCUUUAUUGUGUCAAUCAAUCCCAGAGACACCUUGUUUUGGCUAUUGGAGAAAUAGACACGGCAAAGAAGGUGUGGGAAGCAAUGAAAGACAGGCAUGUUGGAGCAGAAAGGGAAGACUAUCAGAGAUAACUUCACAGGCUGCUGCUCUAGGAGAGAGCAUCGAAGAAAUAAAAAUAGUCAAGAAGUUUCUCAAAAGUCUCCCUCACAAGAAGUUCAUCACGAUCGUGGCCUCUCUUGAACAAAUACUAGAUCUCAACAAAACAUCCUUCUCGGAGAUUAUUGGUCGUUUGAAGGCAUAUGAGGAACGUGUGAAUGGGGAAGAAGAUACACAAGAAGAGCAAAACAAACUCAUGUCACUAUGCUUCAAGCUGUCCAGAUCAUUUGCCAGAUCGUUUGCUCAAACUCAGUUGCUCAAGCUACAAGAGGCUCAAGAGAAGGAAACAGAAGUCAAUGACACAGAGGUUGCUGAUAAGCUCAUGUUACACGAGGUGGUGUAUCUGAAUGAAGGAAAAGUGGUACCAAGCAAAUACGAGACAAACAACGGAGAAGAUAAUGUUUGGUAUCUUGAUAAUGGAGCCAGUAACCAUAUGACCGGAGAUAAGCGAUACUUCUCAAAGAUAGAUGAAUCUAUCACUGGGAAAGUAAGAUUUGGAGAUGAUUCUCGCAUCGACAUCAAGGGAAAAGGUCUGAUCGAGUUUAUUGAUGGAAACGGAGAGCCCAGAAAGAUGAAUGAUGUUUACUUUAUACCUGAUUUGAAGAGUAACAUCAUAAGUCUUGGACAAGAAACAGAAGCAAGAUGCGACGUGAGAAUGAAAGGAGAGCAACUAACGAUGCAUGAUCGUGAUGGAAAGCUGCUCGUGAAGGCAGCAAGGUCUAAAAAUCGUCUCUACAAGGUUAAUAUGGGAUUGAAGGAUGGUUUGUGUCUCUAUACGACAACUACAAGUGUCUCUAGUAGGUGGCAUGCUCGGUUAGGACAUAUCAAUCUAGAAAAAAUGAAGGGGAUGAUGCAAAGAGAGCUUGUCACUGGAGUUCCAAGUUUUGAGUUUGAAAAGAAGUUGUGUGGUUCAUGUCUUCUUGGAAAACAAACGAGGCAAGUGUUUCCACAAGCCACCACGUAUCGAGCCUCAAAGGUGCUUGAACUCAUACAUGGUGAUCUUUGUGGUCCUAUUACACCGCAUACAGCAGCUGGGAACAAGUACAUCUUUGUACUCAUCGACGAUCACUCAAGAUACAUGUGGAGUAUACUCUUAAGAGAGAAGAGUGAAGCAUUGGAGAAAUUCAAAAGGUUUAAGAAGAUCAUGGAACAAGAAUCAGGGGCAAGCAUACAAGUCUUCAGAACAGAAAGUGGAGGAGAAUUUGUGUCUCAAGAGUUCAAUGCUUUCUGUGAAAUAUCACGAAUUAAAAGGCAUCUUACGGCUCCGUACACUCCACAACAAAACGGAGUUGUUGAGAGACGUAAUCGAACUCUUCUAGAGAUGACAAGAAGCAUUCUGAAGCACAUGUUUGUUCCAGAUUACUUAUGGGGAGAAGCGAUUAGACACUCCACUUAUCUUCUUAACAGAAUAGCGACAAGAGCAGUUAAAGAUAAAACUCCAUAUGAGAUCUUUCGUGGCAAGAAAGUAGAAACCGAGCAUAAGCCAUCUUCGAGGACAGAGCCAGGAUCUAAGGCAUAUCGUCUUGUAGAUCCACAAACCAGAAGAAUAGUGGUGAGUAGGGAUGUGAUUUUUGACGAGUCAAAAGGGUGGAAUUGGAAGACUAGUGGUGGAGAACAGAGUCGUGGUCAAGAGUAUGGUAUAAACUUUGGAGAUUUUGGUGUACAUGAGUCUCAAGAGAAUGAUGAGAAUCUGGAAAGAGAGAAAAAGGGUGAAGAAAGUCACGAUGAAGAAGAUGAAAGUAGUGAGGAAGAUGAAGCUUCGUCACCAGAAAUAGAGGGGUUUGAUGACAAUCAAGUGAAUUUAAGGAGAGGUGAUAGAGAGCGUACGAGGCCAAAAUACUUAGAUGACUAUAUUCUACUUGCAGUACAAGAAGGAGAGAGACUGCUACUGACCAUAAACGAAGAGCCGAGAGAUUUCUCUGAAGCAAAGAAGGCAAAGGAAUGGGUACUAGCUUGUGAAGAGAUUCGUUCGAUCAUAAAAAACAACACCUGGACGCUAGUGUAUCUUCCUUCAGGAGCUAAAGCAAUAGGUUUGAAGUGGGUUUUCAAACUUAAACGAAACUCUGACGGAAGUAUCAACAAGCAUAAAGCUAGACUCGUAGCUAAAGGCUAUGCACAAAGAUAUGGGGUUGAUUACGAGGAAGUCUUUGCUCCAGUGGCUCGUUUGGAAACUAUACGACUUCUUAUCAGUCUAGCAGCUGCAAGUGGUUGGGAGAUACAUCAUCUAGAUGUUAAAACGGCGUUCCUUCAUGGAGAUUUGAAGGAAACAGUCUUUGUUAAGCAACCAGAAGGAUUUGAAGAGAUAGGACAAGAAGAGAAAGUGUGUAAGCUUAACAAAGCCUUGUACGGUCUAAAGCAAGCCCCGAGAGCGUGGAAUAUCAAGCUGAAUGCGAUCUUGAGAGAGUUCAAAUUCAGCAAGUGUUUGAAGGAGCCAACAGUCUAUCGUAGAGAGUACAAUGGGAAUCUACUUCUUGUAGCUGUCUAUGUUGAUGAUCUGCUUGUGACAGGAACGAGCUUAAAAGACAUUGAAGAGUUCAAAGCAGAGAUGGCCUCGAAGUUUGAGAUGAGUGAUCUUGGUAAACAAACAUACUACUUGGGAAUAGAAGUUUACCAACAUGAGGAGGGAAUAACGUUGAGACAAGAACGUUAUGCUCUGAAGAUUCUAGAGGAAGCACAGAUGAAGAGCUGUAACACGGCUCAAAUACCUAUGGAACUUGGUUGCAAGCUAUCGAAGGCAGAGGAUGAAAAGGAUAUAGAUGCUACCAGUUUCAGGAAGAAUGUCGGAUGUUUCAAUAUCUACUUCAUACAAAGCCAGAUUUAUCUUUUUGUGUUGGAGUGUUAA